AUGGAGCGAACUCCCAUGCCUCUGAGAUGCUUGAGUGUGCUUUUGAAUGCGUCCAGUUGCGUCCCAAUGUGUGAAGCUCUCCACAGAUGGAAAGGCUGGCAUCAAGCCGACACCCAUCAAAGCAUCAUCGAAGCCAUGCCAAAAGAGAGGUCACGCCGUAAGCAUUUGGCGCAUGUGGGCGAGGUGAAUGAAGCAAUAACAGCGGCUUCGGCAGAAUGGGGUUGGGUCGAGUAUCUCACUGAAAUGUGCGAAGUGGAACGACUUCAGCCACAGAGCAGGGCCAUUCAAGAUCCCAAUCGGGGCGUCGACUUGCAGAGCGCAAACCUCCUCAAGCAGCCAAAUGGAGUCGGGAGAGCCCGCAUACGGUCGUACUGUUAUGCAAAAGGGCGCUAUUAG